CAAACUCGAUAAUUCGACCAUCGGCUAAUCUUUUAUUUUAAUACUUGUCCUACGCCCAGAGUGAUUCCUUACUACGCAGCUAUAAUCAACAUUUGGUUUUUGGCACGCUUGAAAUAUAGGGGUCUUGCCUGGCUAGGAUCGUGAGACAAUUGAUAGAUCCUAUUGCACUCACUCACGACAACCUUGCAGCAAACUAGGGGCUCUUUCUUUCACUGAAAACAUUCAGCACCAUCGCCAUUCGCCUUGGCAUCUUAUCUACUCCGAAACAUCUCCCCAUCUUCAGCUGCUAUUCCUGUCUACCCUGCCGCUGUUUUUCUAUUCCUUCGUUGUCUGGAGUCGAAUCUCGAACACCAUAUCAACAAGAUAUCCCACUAGUCAAGGACAGAUCAAUCAAUACAGUCGCCUCUCAACUCACAAGCACCUGCACUACUCAACACUGAUUAUCUAAUGCUUAACCAUGCGAUCAUGAGCUACGGCGGAGGACAUUUAGACGGGGCUGACCUCGCAAUUCCGAGUCCUGGCUCACCACCCGGUAUGACUUCAUCAGCCAUAACUUCUAGGGCGUCUUCUGUGCGGUCCCUCAACUCCGACGAAGGCGACGAAGGCAUUGCAGCAAACGUUGCCCACUUUGAGGAGAUUGGCCUAGAUGACGAUGUCGCCUCCAUGGACCCUACCCUUUUCCGCGACUCUCACACAAAGUCGGCUCCGAACCCUUACAGCGCUUCUUUCGCUUCCGACCUUCGCGCUUCGUCUGCAAAGCAUGUCAGCCCCAAUGUUCAUCCCCAGACCCGCGACCUAGCUCGUCCGCGCCUACAAUUGCGAAGUGCUUCUUCCUUUACGGGAUCUCGAUCUAGAGCUCCGACCUUGACCGCACAAUUUCGCGACACGAAUACCCGCAGUCUUAGUAAUGGCAUUAACCCGGAGACUCAGAUCAGCACACUACCGAUACGUAGUCUUUCUGUACGAUCUACUUCCUCGAUGAAUCCAUCUCAUCGACGUCGAAGUCCAAACCAGAAUAUCUCUGCUCGAUCUGUCAGUCCUCUGGGCGGCAAUUUGGCAGUGCCAAAACAACGGCGACGCAGCUGGCAGACUGGCCGAGAGCCAAAGUCGGCAAUUGAUUUGGAGAAAGAAUGCGACGAUGAUGAUGACGACAACAUUCCUGACGACCUUAUUCUUGAUAAUGUUCCGCUAUCGCCUCGUCCUCCCUUGGAGCGGUCGCUGAGCCAAUCGGUAUCUGCCUCUGCAUCACCUGAAAGACGCCCAAAGGAACGCGUUCGCAGCGUUGGAAAUGGCACACCCGCAGUGGCUGCUGCUCAAGGCUGCCUUAAAUCGCCAACAUGGAAGACGGGCUCAUCAUCAUCAUCUACAGACUCGCUACAGUCUGCGACGUCUGCUAAAGGACGCGCUAAGAGUUGGACUGCCGCCAUCUCUGAGCUUAGCCCUGAAGCAAAAGCCCUCACAGAGAAGCUUGAAGAACAUGCAAACGAGGUUGACAAAAACGGUGUGCACCACUCGAUGUACGACCGCCCGAAACCCAAGCCGCGGGUAAAAUCUGCGCUUGCCGAGCUACCUCCUCUUCGGCGGACGAAUAUCAUGAUCGAUCCUCUACCCGUAUCCAAAGAGAAAGAGGCUGUCCUCUCGCGGACGAGGCCUUCCUGGUUACCGCCAAAGGAUCCCAUCGAAGAGAGAAGGCAUAUCAGAGAAUACCAAAGGAUGAUGGCAAGCAGCAUCGAAGCGGACAAGAAGCGAGAAGCGAUGCAAAAAGAAAAGGAGCGCACGAAGGACAAUGCAGCCAAGGCGCUUAUGCAGGUUUGGGAAGAUGGUGUUUUGAAACGAUGGGACGCUGCGAUUCGCGAAAGGCGAACUCGAGAAUUAUGGUGGAAGGGUGUAGCGCCACGUAGCCGAGGUGCUGUGUGGAGCCGAGCCAUCGGGAAUGAGCUUGGUUUGACAGAGACAUCCUUUCAAGCGGCUCUGGCGAGAGCCUGCGAGGUCGAGGAUCGCUGUGCGGCUGGGAAUGCGAGUAGCGAGGAUGAACGCAAGGCAGCUUGGUUUGCGCAGAUAAAUGUGGAUGUGGAGGAACGGACCUGGGCUGAUCUCAAGAUCUUCCAAAUUGGUGCUCCACUACAUUCGAGCUUGAUCGAUGUCCUUCGUGCGUAUGCUAUGUAUCGCAGCGACAUUGGUUACGUGUCAGGUUGCAACACUAUCGCAGCGAUUCUCUUAUUGAAUCUUCCCACACCCACUGCCGCCUUUGUUGCCCUGGCAAACAUUUUGAAUCGUCCUCUCCCGUUUUCCUUCUACGCCUCCGACGUCGGGGCCAAGACAUCGGCAUUCAAUUUACUUCUUCAGACUCUGUCAACCAAGUCACCUAGACUUCAUCAACAUCUUACCAGCCCAGAGCUUGAUCUUGAGCCAGAUAUCUAUCUUGGCGAUGUAUUUAUAUCCUGCUUUACGCAACAUUUCAGUCUCGACGAAUGCACCCGGUUGUGGGAUGUGUACGUCUUCGAAGGUGAUGCACUCCUCAUCCGUGCGGCGGUUGCAUUGCUACUAGAUAUCGAGGUUCCCUUGCUGAGUGCCAAAAACACAUCAGAGGCGCAUAAAGUGCUACAAGAAAGAAGCAAGCUGGAUCAACAGGAUAAGGUUGACUCGUGGAUGACUAGAGUCCGAGCUGCCGGUAAAUCAUAAACAGACAUGGAAGCAAGUAAGCUUCACUAAACAAUAAUUUGCUUAAUUGCUCUUUCUCAUCGUUUCGUUCCACCAUUGCCAUUAAUGUACAGCACUGCAACACUACAGCACUUACGUAUUUUCGAUAACUAUUGUCUCGUCUCAGGAUAGGCCAUUGCCUAUUCUACUUCAACGUGGUCUGAUUUGUUGCCAACAAGAUAUUUCGGGGGUGGGAAUUGGUGAGGUAGGAAUAUAGAUGGGUGUGGAAGACGGAAUUGCCGCUCAAAUCUAGCGCAGAUGGAUUGGCAACAGGGUGCUUAUAAGGAAUGAAUCAUUCACGAAAUGAAAUAGGAGUAUAGAUCUUGGAAGGCGAUGGAUUGGACCAGGGGGGCGGAGUUAAUUGUUGCAACCCGAGACGCAUCCAUUUCUGCUACCACACCACAUUACUACUUACUAUCAAGUCCGACUCCUUAUGUACCUACAUAGUAGUACAUGCAUCUAGUACCUCCAGGUACUUUUCCCACUGGACUCCGUCAUGUAUUUCUUUUUAAUGU